AUGUCCAGCAGCUACGAGCGCAGGACAUGCCCUCACAGUGAAGAAAAUGGGGGCGUGGCUAAUUCACGUGGCAUUUCCCAUGAGGUCACAUCCCCUUGCUGCAAUGCCAUGUCCUCUAAUUCCGCAAUGGUCCCGCUCUGGCCAGAGAAUAUGUUAGGAGCUGAUUGGUUGGCACUUUGGAGUGAAAUGUGUCAAUCUUCGUCCACAGGUUGCCCCACUAUCCUUACUAAGUCUCAGUGGGGGGGACGUGCUGCCACCUGCAGGACCGCGAUGGCCACUCCCGUUACAUACGUCAUCAUUCACCACACAGCCGGUGCAUCUUGCUCCUCCCAGUCUACCUGCAUCACUCAGACCAAGAACGUACAGAGCUAUCACAUGGACAGCAACGCCUGGUGUGACAUCGGCUACAGCUUCCUGGUUGGAGGGGACGGCAGCAUUUUUGAGGGCCGUGGCUGGACAUCAGUCGGUGCUCAUGCUCCAAAUUACAACUCAAACUCCAUUGGUAUCAACUUGAUCGGAACAUUCACAAGCAGCAACCCGACCACCGCUGCCCAGAAUGCUGCCAAGAACCUCAUUGCCUGUGGAGUCACCAGGGGCUACAUCAAGUCUGCCUACAUCCUGAAGGGGCAUCGCAACGUCACCGCCACCGAAUGCCCUGGAAACACCUUCUACAACACCGUGAAGACCUGGCCACGCUUCCAGGCUUAAGAUCCAGAUGGUGGUACUGCGAUUGUACAGGAUCUGGUCACAGGAGAAUAUCAAUGAGUAGAACAUGGUGCCGCAGUGAGCACUCCUGGGGUGCCGUUUACACCUUCCCCAAA